AGUGUCUGGGCGACACCUGCCGCUCCCGUGGGACUGUUGCCAUGGUCACGCGUGUGCGCGGGCUCUAUAGCGCCCUACAGUGCGCGCUAAAACACCCGGGAAAGACCCCGUUUACAAGCACCACUCCACCUGAAAACACUGCAUUUCCACUGAGACUGACACCGUAUGCUACAGUAGGAUGCCGAUCAUGUGGGGAAAUCUUUCAGUACAGCAUCCAUCCCAGCAGUAGCGAGUCCUCUAGCGUGUUUGAGCAGAGAUGUCUAGAUUAAGCGACUCUGGCUUUGAGGAAGAGCUUCAGAUUUCUCCAGUAAAGGCAUGGCAUGAGUGUGAUUAUGAGGAGAGUUGCUUCAUCAUCCAGAGACACAAUGAGCUGCAGUUCAUCGCGCAAAACUGCCUUGCACAUCAACCUCAGAUUACGGCAGAGGCUCGCAGCAAACUGGUCAGCUGGCUCAUAGCUGUGCACAGACAGCUCAAACUGUCUUUCGAAUCCUGCUGUUUGGCGGUGAAUAUCAUGGACCGUUUCUUGAUCACGACCUCAGUCGCUGCAGACUGCUUCCAGUUACUGGGAGUGACAUCUUUACUGAUCGCCACAAAGCAGGUUGAAGUGUAUUCGCCUCGCAUCACACAACUUCUGUCGCUUUGCUGCAACUCUUUUUCCAGAGAACAGCUGUGCAAUCUCGAAUGCCUGGUCCUUCUCAGACUCAAUUUUAGACUGGCUGCACCAACUCUGGCUUUCUUCCUGGACUAUUUCACCAGUCGCCUUACUGGAUGCCAGAGUGGUGGAGCCGUCGAUGAGAUGGUCAGUACAGCAUCAGAUACCCUGGAGCACAGAGAUGUUGAGAUCAACUGGAAAUGGUUGGCUUGCAAAGUGUGUGAACUGAGUCUGGCUGACUACACAUUCAACAAAUAUAUGCCUUCUGUGAUUGUGCAGUGUGCUGUAAAACUGGCAAAAGAUCUGCUGAAGACACAUUCAGUGCAGUCCACAGAACACAACACCGGCUCGUUGAAGACAUCCGACUCGUUCUGCUCUGAAGAGUAUCCACCACUGGCCUGGGAGAAUCAGGUGUUAUUCCAGCAAUGCACAGACGAUCUGAAAUUGUUGGUUUCUCUUAAUCAAGACGCAGUCCAGGACCUCAUAAGACUAUAAUC